UUACUUUAACUAACAAAUGAGAACCGCUAAAUUGUGUAGUGUACAAUGUACAUAUUGAAUAAGCAAUGGUGAUAUUCAUAAAUUUUCUAAUUAUUACUUUAGUUUUAUUUGCGGAAAGUAGCGAAAUUAAUGAUGAUACUGUUUUAUAUUACUACGGCUUAGAGGAGAGUGAGCGCGGUCUCCCGGCAUGCAGCGAGCGACAAGCGUGCUCCACGCUGCUGGAGCGGUACUGGCGGCCGCGGGCACUACUGCGCCUGUGCCGCUGCGCACACCGCCUGCGCUGCGACACGCCCGCAACCACCGAUAGGCUUAUUGAGCUUAAUAACCGCGCCUUUUUGCAGUUUUGUAAACCAACAACGGACUGGCCCGAAUGCACGAUAAACGACACGCCCCUAACCGUCGAAACGUCGUACGAUAGAAUGAAUCCCGACGAAAUAGAAAAUUUGCACCACGAGAACCAACAACUCACACCGCCUAAGAUCGUACUCAGUUGUCGCUGUCGAUACCCAAACUAUUGGAAGUUAAAAACGGAAGAAGAAACAGUUUCCACGUAUCAAUGUUCCUCGCUACCUUUGUGUAAGUCAGGUGAUUAUUGCGGCAACGUAGACAAUGAUUCCCUUGCCCUGUACCAAUCCUGCUUGUGCCCAAAGAAUCACAUUUGUGUGCACAAUGGUGGCAUUUCGUUCAUACAAAUAUCGGAAUUAUUGUAUCGUGGUAAAGGAUGGAAAGCAUUUUGUCAAGCAAUCAGUGAUGAUUAUGAGUAUGAUUACUGAUUACUGAUGAAGUAAACAAAAAAAUGUGGGAAAUUAUCAUAAAAAGAAAAAAUUAUACCUAUAAAAUAUAUUUAAAUAAGGUUUUUAUGAAAAACGAAAAUACAAUACAAAUUAUACUCACAUGUGUCGGUUGUAUCGCAAUAUCCUUGACAAUAUUGCGCACUUGCUCGUCGAAGCGGAAGGGCCACAGCGUGCGCGACACCAGCCCGCCGCGGAGCGCUUCUGACGCGGAUAUGCGCCUGCCGAAUAUCACCAAGUCGUUCACCUGAAAUAUUAAUGUGUAAUUGUUAGACGUUAUUUCGGCUAAAUACGUAGGUUAAAUAAUAUUUAUGAUUUUAAGUUCUUUUAAAAUUAUAGAAUUUAAUUCUAUUUAUUAUAUUUUACUUAUUAAUUAUUUUAUGUUACCUUCACUUUUAAUUCAUAAUAUAGUCUCUAUGUGACAAUACACAAUGAUUAUUUAUAUUUUUUAAUAAUAUUAAAAUAAAGAAAAUUUCACUUCUACAUUUU